AUGGAUACUAUAGACAAAAGUAAAAGGAAAGAAAAUGAAAUAGAUCAUAAUUGUAAGAGUGAGAAAAAAAAAAAAAAUAAUGAAACAGAUAAUAUACGAAUAAAUGAUGGAAAGAAAAAUAAUGAAAUAAAUAAUUUUCCAAAGGUAGAAAAUAACUUAGAUAUUUAUGGUAUGACUAAUACAAAUAAAAAUGAAAUAAACAUGUAUAAUAAUUUUGGGACAAAUGGUCCUUCCUCUACUACUAAUAAUAGUGCUAACCAUUUAAGUAUAAAAAAAAAUAAUGAAAAUGAAGAAGGAAAAAAACAUUUAGGGAUUGAAAAUAAAAGUAGUUAUGAAACAGAAGAUGAUAUUUUAUUGAAUGAUGAGACAAAUUUAUCAGAUGAAGAAGUAGAAGAAGAAAAUGUUCGUGAAAAAGAUUUAAUAUUACAAAGAUAUAAACAUGGAACUAGUAUAUAUAUAGAUAUAACAUCUAUUGAUAAUGGUGAAGAUAAAAAUAUAAAAAGAGAAACCCCAUGUGUAGUUAUAGAUUUUUAUUCGGAAUGUUUAAAUAAAUAUAAAAGUGAAUGUAGUUUUGUAUAUUAUCAAAAUUAUAAUAGUAUUAGUAAUGUAAUAAUAAAUGAAAAUGUAGAUGUAGGAAAUUUAAAUACAUCAACAAAUAUGUUAACUGAUCAUGCUGGAAGUCUAACUACAGCAAAUAAUACAAAUUAUUCUAUCGAAGAAUCUUCUAAUAAUUUAAUAGAUGAACAUAAUGUAAAUAAUAAAAAUAGAAUAAUUCCAAAAAUGGUGACAAAUCCAUUAUUAAGUAAUAAUACAGGAAUAAAUUGUGGAUCUAGUAAUAUUUUUCCAUAUGAUGAUUUUAAAAAUUUUGAUCUUCAAAAAAAAAAACAAGAAUCAUUAGAUCCGUUGUUAAAAUGUAUUAAUUCAUUAUCUGAUCGAAUAAAUUUACAACAUUUAGUUGGUGAUCCAACAUCAUAUUUUAAAUUAGGAGGUGGUGAUAUGUUUUAUGAUAUAAACGACCCAUUCUUAGAUGACGAAGAAAUGUAUAAAGAAUUAAAUAAAACAAAAAAUGAAAUUAUAUUAACAAGACAGAUUGAAGAUGAAUAUAGUGUAUGGAGUGCAGAUAUUUCAGAUGAUUAUGUUGAAAUAAAUCCAAAUUAUUUUUUUUCAUUUUAUAGUUCAAAAUGUAAAUACACAUAUGAAAGUGAUAAAGAAGUAGACUACAUAAAUAUAGAAAAUACGGAUCAAAGUGAUAGCUCAGAUAAUGUGAAUUAUAAAAAUGUAUUAAAUUUAUCUUCCUCUCAAUUUGUAAAUGAAAAUACAGAUGAUGUAUAUAUCAUAAGUAAUGAUAUACAAAGUAUUGAAAAAAAACAUAACGAUUAUAUGAUAUAUUCUAGUGAGGAAGAUAUAUGUGAAUCUUCAUCAGAUGAUGAUAAUGCAAAUAGUGAUAAAGAAUCUGAAUUUUCAGAAGAAGAAAUAAUUUUUAAUCCAUUUGCAUGGAAGAAAUUUGAAAAACAUAUUCCUUUAGAAUAUAUUUCAUAUUUUGAAAAUUUAGAAAAAGAAUUAGAUGCAUUACCAGGUGAAGUAGAUAUAUCAGAAAUUCAAAAAAUUAUAAAAAUAUAUAUUCACAAAAUAUUUUUACAUGUUAUGAAAAAACAUAAAAAAACUUUAAAACAUUUUAAUAUGGUUUUAGAUGAUUUUAUUGAAAUCGAUGUAAAACAAUUAAGAUGGCUAACUACAAUUAUAAACAAAACAUCAAACACUUUAAAUGAUAUUGAUAUUUGUCGAAUUUGGUUUGAAUAUAUUUUUUCCUACAAUACUAAAUUGUUUGUAAAUUAUGAAAAAGAAUUUAUUACAAAAAUUAAAACUUCACAAAUAUUUGAAAAAAAUAAUAAAUUGCAUCUAAACAAUAUAUUAAAAGAUAUAUCAGCAUGGAAAGUAUAUCAUGAUAAUAUGGAAAAAAAUAGUAAAGAAAAUAUAGAUGUAGAUUCUGCUACUAUAAAUGUGAGUGGAAAAAAUGGAUCUAUUCAUUGUAAAAAUAGUCACCCUAAUUCGAAAGAACAAGAUAAUAAAAAAAAAGUAGAAAAUGGAAUCAACACACAGGAUGAUAAAUAUUUGAAAAAUGAAAAGAAUGCCAACAAAAAUGUAACAGAAAAUGUUAGCUUACAAAAUAAUGGGUCACACAAAAUGGACGUCCCUGAUAAAAUGAAAGGAAAUGAAAAAAGUGGGGAAAUUGGUGAAAGGGAACAAGAUGGAAAUAAAGGAAAUAAAACUAACAAUAUAAAUAAUAAUUGUAAGGAGAAUUAUAAAUUAAUUGAAAAAUAUUUCAAAAAAUUUGAAAGCAUAUCUCAUGAUAUAUUAAAUUAUAUAAAAAUAUUUAAUAAACAAAAAUGUUUUUUGAAAGAUAUGAUAUCAGCAGGUUUUGAAAUAUUAGUAGAAAAAAGUAAUAAAUAUUUUUGUAAAUUUCCACAUAUAGCAUUAUCAGAAAUAUUAACAAGUUUAUUUAAUUUCCGAUAUAAAACAAAUGUAAUAAUUAAUUAUGAAUAUAUAGAAGCUCUUAUAAACUUUUAUCAAGACAAACAUAAAAUUGAUAUUUAUAAUGACAAGGGAAAAAAUAAAAAAGUGUUCCUUUUUGAUACUAUAGAAAUGAGUAAAUUAAAUGUUACAUUUUAUAGAAAUAAAAAUAUGAGUAAUGAUAAAAUGAUGUUAAGUCAUAGCGAUCAUGAUAAAAAAGAUAAUUAUAAAAUGAAAGAAUUUUAUGAUUUAAAAAAUGGUAGUAGUGGUAACUUCAAACAUUUUGGAACUAAUACAAAUGAUAUUGUAGAAAAAAAUAAUAGAUAUGAUCUAACUUUUAAAAAUUUACACACAUUAAAUAAUUCAAAUAAUUUAAUAAAUAAAAGAAAAAUACAUGAAUCAAAUAAAUAUCAUAAUGCUAAAGAAAUAAAUUCAAAUAUUAAUACAAAAAAAAAGUAUAUAGACAAUAAUGAAAGUAAUAAUAAUCAAAGAAAAGGAUUAGCAUCAGCUCGUAUUGUCAUUUAUUCAGAUAAUGAGGUAGAAGAAACUUCAAGUAGAUGUUCACCAAUUAAAAAUAAUCCAAAAAAUAUAACAACACUUAUUGAAAAUAUUACAAAAAAAAAAAAUAAUAAUACUUAUGAUAAUAGUCAUAGAAAAAGUGGUAGUAAUACUAAUAUGACUAAACAAAAUUCUUCGAUUUUUAAUUUAAAAAAAGUUAGAGAUGUUACAAAUAGUUGUACUAAAAGUACUAUAACAAUUGUGAGUAAUACAUCUGUUGAUAAUUCCAUCAAAAAUAAUAUGCACUACAAUUAUAAUAGUAAUUAUAUUGAAACAGACCGACCCAAUAUUAUUCGAUUUUCAAAACAGAAAACUAUUCCCAUGAAUGAAAAUACUUUUAUUAUUAGUGAUGGAAAUAAUAGUGUACUUAAUUCGAGUAACACUUUUAAUGAUAAAACAAAUUUAUAUAAAAAAAGAAGAAUAAAAGAUGCCUAUAUAUCUAGUAAAAAUAAUCAUUAUGAUAUUGCCAAGUUUGAUAAAAUGGCUGAAAAAAUUAAGGCAAAAAAUAUGGAUGACAAAUCAAGUGUACAUAGGUGCAUAACUGUGGACUCCUCGGAGGAUAACGGGGAUUAG